AUGACGUUUCAAAGUUUGAAGGAGAACUUAUCAAAACCACCAAUCUUAUCAAAGCCAGUGCCAGGUAUUUCGCUGUCAAUAUUUAUUUCAAUAUCUGAUAGCGCUGUUAGCUCAGUUUUAUUGCAAGAACUUAAAGAUGAUUUGAGGAUCAUAUAUUUUGUGAGUCAUGCACUCCAAGGGGCAGAAUUGAGAUAUCAAAAAAUAGAAAAGGCUGCUUUGGCCUUGAUUAUAUCCGCCAGGAAGUUAAGACCUUAUUUUCAAGGCUUUCCAGUGGUAGUCAAAACUGACUUACCACUUCGCCAAGUGUUACAAAAGCCUGACUUAGCAGGAAGAAUGGUUUCAUGGGUUGUUGAAUUGUCUGAGUUUGGAAUUUCAUUUGAGAAGAAAGGACAGGUUAAAACACAAACUUUGAUUGAUUUUGUUAAUGAAAUGUCUCCAGACGAGAAGAGUGAAGAGUUAGAGUAUGAGGCUAUAAUUGCAGGUCUGAGAUUGGCGAUCGAAAUGGGCGUACAAAGCAUCAGGAUCAUGACAGAUUCACAAAUAGUGUCAAGACAAAUCCAGGGAGAAUAUCAGGCGAAUGAUGCACAGUUAGCCAAAUACUUGGUGAAGGCUCAGAAUUUGAUGAAGCAGGUGGCGAAGGUGCAGAUCAACCAUGUUCCAAGAGAAGAAAACACGAGGGCUGACAUCUUGUCAAAGUUAGCAAGUACCAAGAAACCAGGGAACAACAAGUCAGUGAUUCAUGAAGUUUUAAACAGUCCCAGCAUUGAAAAUGAGGAAGUUAUGGCAAUUCCAAUGGUGAUAGAUCAAGACUGGAUGGGUCGAAUCAAGCUGUGUUUAGAGGCGGAAGGGGCUGAUUUGCUUUUAUUUACUAAGGAUCAGAUUCGAGAGGCAAGCCACUACACCCUUUUGGGUGAUCAAUUGUACAGAAGGGGAGUAGGAGUUCCACUGUUGAGGUGCGUUUCCAAAGAGGAGGAUGGCAUAAUUAUGUUUGAAGUGCAUGAAGGAGUGUGUGCAAGUCACGUAGGUGGAAGAUCUUUAGCAGCAAAAGUCUUGAGAGCAGGGUUUUACUGGCCAACUUUGAGGUCAGAUUGUAUGGAAUGUGCAAAAAAGUGUGUAAAGUGUCAGAUGUACGCAGAUUUGCAUAGAGCACCGCCGGAGACGUUGAGUUCAAUGAGUUCAUCAUGGCCAUUUGCAAUGUGGGGCGUGGAUAUCUUGGGACCUUUUAGUCCAGCAGAAAUGGGUAUUGAAAUGCGUUUCGCUUCGGUGGAGCAUCCACAAUCAAAUGGGCAGGUAGAGUCCGCAAAUAAAGUGAUUUUGAAUGGAGUCAAAAAGUGUUUGGCCGAAGCAAAAGGAUUAUGGGUAGAUGAAUUGAUUAUUGUUAUUUGGGCAUACAAUACAACUCCACAGUCCACAACGGGCGAGACACCUUUCAAGUUAACUUAUGGGGUUGAUGCUAUGAUUCCAGUGGAAGUUCAGGAUGUAACAUUCAGGGUGUCAACUUAUAAUGAGGAACAUAACGAUAUGAAUAGACUUGUUGAUUUGAAUUUGGCUGAUGAGACUCAGGCAGAGGUUCGUUUGAGACAAGCAGUGGUAAAGCAAAGGUCAGAAAGGCGAUACAAUACAAGGGUGGUUCCAAGACAGAUGGAAGCAGGUGAUUUGGUGCUGAGAAGUAAGACAAGAGGACCCGACGAUUCAAAGUUGUCGCCAAAUUGGGAAGGACCUUACAGAAUUCGAAGGGAGUUGGGACAAGGGGCGUACCAUUUGGAAGAAUUGUCUGGGCGAAGGAUACCGAGGGCUUGGAACGCACAACAUCUCCGUUACUAUUACAAUUGA